AAGGGGCUCAAGUUCCUUUCGUUCCCUACCCUCUUCAUCAAACCAACAUCAUCAUCAAACUAAAAAUACCAACUUCAAAAUCAAUUGACUUUCUCUAAGUUUCACCUACCUAUCAAAUCUUAAAAAUCUGAUCAAUGGGUAAGCGUAAAGCUGCCAAGAAACCGGGAAAGAAAGCCAAGCUUCAACCUCUCGAUAAGAUCUUCCGAUGCUUGUUCUGUCAACAAGCUGGCGCUGUACAUUGCAAAUUAGAUCGACAAGAGAUGGUUUCGCGUAUCGAGUGCUCACGGUGCGCUCAAUGGUUCGAGACAAAGAUUGAUCAUCUCACCGAACCGAUUGAUGUGUACUCACUAUGGAUCGAUGCAACUGAACAAGCCAACAGGCCUCAAGCGAACGCUAGCUCUUCUGCACACCGCACUACCAAUAACCACCGUGAAGAACGUGAACGACCAACCUCAACUCGAAACACUCAAAGCGCAGAUAAACAGCGUGGUCACGAAGCAGGUGCAGGGAAUGACUAUGAUCCUUUCGAGGAAGCUGAUGAUGACCAUCCAGAAGACCUCCCGGAUGACCUCUUCUGACAAGCUUUAGAACCAUAGAUAUCAUUAUUGGUUGUAGUAUGAGCUUGGGCCCAAGAAUCACUUCAUACCAUACCGUUAGGAAUCGUAUGACAGAUCAACCACAUCUUGUCUCAUCAACCUUUCCUUGGAUUUUCCGGAUAUCAGCUAUCUGUUUCUCAUCUC